GUGGCUAACUUGCGUUUUGCUGUUGAUUUGCACGAGGAGCAACUUGGCAGUGUGCGCCGUGUUACGCGGGCCUUGCACAGCGCCUUCAUUCUUUGUCCCCCAGGUUAUAGCUAUCAUUGUAGUCUGAUUACUGAAGCCUGCCUAUGA